AUGUCCGAUGGGAAAUACGUUGACGGUAGCUAUUGGUUCUAUGCUCCCAAUAAGCGUGCCGCCAUUUUUUUCUGUAUCGCCUUCUGUUCCGCAGGGUGUUUCCACACAUGGCAGUGCAUACGUUACAAGUGCUGGAAGCUGACGCCACUGUUUCCAUCCUGCUGCCUGUUGUUCACGAUUGGCUUCAUACUCAGAGCCUACGGGGCAUUUCACUAUGAUGAUCUUGACGUGUUCAUCGCAAGUGUGUGUAUCACUUACGCUGCCCCAUACAGUAAACUGACGGCCGACAGUCCGCUACUUGAACUGCAAAAUUAUCGCAUUAUUGGCCGAAUAUUGUAUUACGUACCUUAUAACUCGCCUAUACACCCCGGAAGAGUUUUGACGACAUUUGGAUUUGUAUCUGCUAUCGUCGAGGCCCUCAACGGCUGGGGAGCAUCGUACUCAGCAAACCAAUCGCUGAGCAACGGCGAGAUUGAGGCGGGUCAUGCUCUGAUCAAAACAUCUUUACUGUUACAAAUCGUUGUGGCAGUACUUCUUAUUACACUGGCUAUCAUGUUUCAUCGUCGAUGCAUCGCUAUCGGUUUAAAGAAUGAGCGACUUGCCUGUCCCCUGUGGACGCUCUAUAUCAGUAUGGCCCUGAUCUUGUCCAGAACCAUCUAUCGUAUCGUCGAAUACUUUAGUAUCGCAGAGCUUCGAUACGGAGCGGAAUUUGAUCCGGCGACUGUAAGCCCUGUUGUCAGAUAUGAAUGGUAUUUCUACGUGUUUGAGGCAACGGUUAUGCUCAUCAAUCUCAUCAUGUUCAACAUUUACCACCCCCGCCGAUACUUGCCGAGGAACAACAAGAUUUACCUAUCCACUGAUGGAGUAACGGAAAUUGAGGGGCCAGGCUAUAAAGACCCGAGAAAGUUAUGGCAGACACUUGUUGAUCCUUUCGAUGUCAAGGGGUUGGUUAACGGCCGCGGACGGCAGAGCGAGAGAUUCUGGCAAAUGGAAGGCAGUGAGACGCCACAGCAGAGCAAAGGCUCUUCCAGAAAACCAGAGACGGUUACUAGAGUAGGAAAGGCUAUGCACAGCGAUGAAACUGUCGGGCAGGGGGCAAUGUCGAUGGAAUGUUGUACGAAAAGCGGUGUCUUUAGUCUAUGA